GGAGCGGCCCGCUCCUCCCCCGCCCGCCGCCGCCGCCGCGGGAGUAAAGGUCGCGGCUGGGAGCUGCGGCCGCGGCGCCUCCAGGAAGCCGGCGGGCAGGUCGGGGAAAGGGACGCGGAGCACCAACUCCCGCCGGGAAGAUGGCGCCAGGCGGGCGGGCCGCGCACUGAGCCGCCGCCGAGAGCCGACCGCCCGCGCCGGGCGCGAGGAGGCCCCCGCGGGACACGGGCCCGGCUCGGCCGCCGCGGGCCAUGUCGCUCAGCGAGCUCUACAGCCAGAACACCAGGGUCUGGAUCCCUGACCCCGAGGACGUGUGGCGCCCGGCCGAGUUAACCAGGGACUACAAGGAGGGGGACAGGAGCCUCCAGCUCAGACUGGAAGAUGACACUAUUCAGGAAUACCCCAUCGAUGCCCAAAGCAAGCAGCUGCCCUUCCUGCGGAACCCAGAUAUCUUGGUGGGAGAAAAUGACCUCACUGCCCUUAGCUAUCUCCACGAGCCUGCCGUUUUGCAUAACUUAAAGGUCCGUUUCCUGGAGUCCAACCAUAUCUACACGUACUGUGGUAUUGUGCUUGUUGCCAUUAAUCCUUAUGAGCAGCUGCCAAUCUAUGGACAAGAUGUCAUCUAUGCCUACAGCGGCCAAAACAUGGGUGAUAUGGACCCCCACAUCUUUGCUGUGGCAGAAGAAGCCUACAAGCAGAUGGCCAGAGACGAGAAGAACCAGUCCAUCAUCGUCAGCGGGGAGUCCGGAGCCGGCAAGACGGUGUCCGCCAAGUACGCCAUGCGCUAUUUCGCCACGGUGGGCGGCUCAGCCAGUGACACCAACAUCGAAGAGAAGGUCCUGGCAUCCAGUCCCAUCAUGGAGGCCAUCGGAAAUGCCAAAACCACCCGCAAUGACAACAGCAGCCGCUUUGGGAAGUAUAUUCAGAUUGGCUUUGACAAGAGGUACCACAUCAUCGGGGCCAACAUGAGGACCUACCUGCUGGAGAAGUCCAGGGUGGUCUUCCAGGCAGACGACGAGAGGAACUACCACAUCUUCUACCAGCUCUGCGCGGCGGCCAGCCUCCCGGAACUGAAGGAGCUCGCCCUGACCUGUGCCGAGGACUUUUUCUACACGUCCCAGGGAGGAGACACGUCCAUCGAGGGCGUGGACGACGCGGAGGACUUUGAGAAGACUCGACAAGCCUUCACGCUCCUUGGAGUGAGAGAGUCCCACCAGAUAAGCAUUUUUAAGAUAAUCGCUUCCAUCCUGCACCUGGGAAACGUGGAGAUUCAGGCCGAGCGCCAGGAUGACUCCUGUAGCGUAUCACCGCAGGAUGAGCACCUCAGCGCCUUCUGCCGCCUGCUGGGGGUGGAGCACAGCCAGAUGGAGCACUGGCUGUGCCACCGCAAGCUGGUCACCACGGCGGAGACCUACGUGAAGACCAUGUCCCUGCAGCAGGUGGUCAACGCCCGCAACGCGCUGGCCAAGCACAUCUACGCGCAGCUGUUCGGCUGGAUCGUGGAGCAGGUCAACAAGGCGCUGCACACCGCCCUCAAGCAGCACUCCUUCAUCGGCGUCCUAGACAUCUACGGGUUCGAGACCUUCGAGGUGAACAGCUUUGAGCAGUUCUGCAUCAACUACGCGAAUGAGAAGCUGCAGCAGCAGUUCAACUCGCAUGUCUUCAAACUGGAGCAAGAAGAGUACAUGAAGGAGCAGAUCCCUUGGACCUUGAUUGACUUUUACGACAACCAGCCUUGUAUCGAUCUCAUAGAAGCCAAGCUGGGCAUCCUAGACCUGUUGGAUGAGGAGUGUAAGGUCCCCAAAGGAACUGACCAGAACUGGGCCCAGAAGCUGUACGACCGGCACGGGGGCUGCCAGCACUUCCAGAAACCCCGCAUGUCCAACACGGCCUUCAUCGUGGCACACUUCGCCGACAAGGUGGAGUACCUCUCAGAUGGCUUCCUGGAGAAAAACAGAGACACGGUGUAUGAGGAGCAGAUCAACAUCCUGAAGGCCAGCAAGUGCCCCCUGGUGGCUGACUUGUUUCACGACGACAAGGACUCUGUUCCUGCCCCCUCCACUUCUGCAAAGGGCUCCAAGAUCCAGGUCCGCUCCUCCAGGCCCCUGCUGAAAGCCUCCAACAAGGAGCACAAGAAGACCGUGGGCCACCAGUUCCGCACCUCCCUGCAGCUGCUCAUGGAGACGCUGAACGCCACCACGCCGCACUACGUCCGCUGCGUCAAGCCCAACGACGAGAAGCUCCCCUUCCAUUUUGACCCGAAGAGAGCGGUGCAGCAGCUCCGAGCGUGCGGGGUGCUGGAGACGAUCCGAAUCAGCGCAGCCGGCUACCCGUCCAGGUGGACCUACCAUGAUUUCUUCAACCGCUAUCGGAUGCUGAUCAAGAAGAGAGAGCUCGCCGGCGGGGACAAGAAGGCCAUCUGCAGGUCUGUGCUGGAGAGCCUCAUCAAGGACCCGGACAAGUUCCAGUUUGGCCGCACCAAGAUCUUCUUCCGGGCAGGCCAGGUAGCCUACCUGGAGAAGCUUCGGGCCGACAAGUUCCGGGCAGCCACCAUCACGAUCCAGAAGACCGUCCGGGGCUGGCUGCAAAGGGUGAAAUACCGCAGGUUGAAGGGGGCGACCUUGACGCUGCAGAGGUACUGCCGAGGACACCUGGCCCGCAGGCUGGCCGAGCAUCUGCGGAGGACACGGGCGGCCGUGGUGUUCCAGAAGCAGUACCGCAUGCGGAGGGCCCGCCUGGCCCACCGGAAGGUCCGCAGAGCGGCCAUUGUCAUCCAGGCCUGCACACGGGGCAUGCUGGUGCGGAGGAUCUACCGCCAGGUCCUCCGGGAGCACAAGGCCACCGUCAUCCAGAAGCAUGUGCGGGGCUGGGCGGCGCGCAGGCACUUCCUGCGGCUGCGGGGCGCGGCCAUCGUCAUCCAGUGCGCCUUCCGGAGGCUCAAGGCCAGGCAGGAGCUGAAGGCCCUCAAGAUCGAGGCUCGCUCAGCAGAGCACCUGAAGCGCCUCAACGUGGGCAUGGAGAACAAGGUGGUCCAGCUGCAGCGGAAGAUCGACGACCAGAACAAAGAGUUCAAGACGCUGUCGGAGCAGCUGUCUGCGGCCGCCUCCGCCCACGCCAUGGAGGUGACGAAGCUGAGGAAGGAGCUGGCCCACUACCAGCAGAGCCCCGGCGGGGACGUGGGCCUGCGGCUGCAGGAGGAGGUGGAGAGCCUGCGGACGGAGCUGCAGAGGGCCCACUCCGAGCGCAAGAUCCUGGAGGACGCCCACAGCCGGGAGAACGACGAGCUGCGGAAGCGCGUCGCAGACCUGGAGCAGGAAAACGCUCUCUUGAAAGAUGAGAAAGAACAGCUUAACCACCAAAUCCUGAGCCAGUCGAAAGAUGACUUGGCGCGCGGCUCCGCCCAGGAGAACCUGCUGGUGAAGAAGGAGCUGGAGGAGGAGCGGUCCCGGUACCAGAACCUUGUGAAGGAGUACUCCCGGCUGGAGCAGAGAUACGACAACCUCCGGGACGAGAUGACCAUUAUAAAGCAAACCCCAGGCCACAAGCGGAACCCGUCAAACCAAAGUAGCUUAGAAUCGGACUCCAACUACCCCUCCAUCUCCACGUCUGAGGUGGGAGACACGGAGGACGCCCUGCAGCAGGUGGAGGAAACCGGCCUGGAGAAGGCGGCCCUGGACAUGACGGUCUUCCUGAAGCUGCAGAAGCGCGUGCGGGAGCUGGAGCAGGAGCGGAGGAAGCUGCAGGCGCAGCUGGAGAGGAGAGAGCAGCAGGACGGCAGGAAAGUCCAGGUGGAGCCACCAAAGAACGACAUCGACCUGGACCAGGACACAGAUCUAGCCUACAAUACGCUGAAGAGGCAGGAGCUGGAGUCAGAAAACAAGAAGCUGAAGAAUGACCUGAACGAGCUGAGGAAGGCCGUGGCCGACCAGGCCACCCAGAACAACGCCGCCCCCGGCUCCCCCGACGGCUACGGCCUCCUGCUGAACCAGCUCCGACUGGCCAACGAGGAACUCGAGGUCCGCAAGGAGGAGGUGCUCAUCCUGAGGACCCAGAUCGUCAGUGCCGACCAGCGCCGCCUGGCGGGCAAGAGCGCGGAGCCGAACAUUAAUGCCAGGACCAGUUGGCCCAACAGUGAAAAGCACGUGGAUCAGGAAGAUGCCAUCGAGGCCUAUCACGGGGUCUGCCAGACGAACAGGUUGCUGGAGGCCCAGCUGCAGGCCCAGAGCCGUGCCCAUGAGGAGGAGGUGGAGUGCCUCAAGACCCAGGUGGAGGCCCUGAAGGAGGAGAUGGACAGGCAGCAGCAGACCUUCUCCCAGACACUGCUGCUGUCCCCGGAGGCCCAGGUGGAAUUUGGCGUCCAGCAGGAGAUGUCCCGGCUGACCAACGAGAACCUGGACUUGAAAGAACUGGUGGAAAAGCUGGAAAAGAAUGAGAAGAAACUCAAGAAACAACUGAAGAUUCACAUGAAGAGAGUCCAGGACCUAGAAGCUGCCCAGACGCUAGCCCAGAACGGGAAGAGGCACCAGGAGCUGAGCAGGCAGGUCGCUGUCCAGCGGAAGGAGAAGGACUUCCAGGGCAUGCUGGAGUACCACCGGGAGGACGAGGCCCUCCUCAUCCGGAACCUGGUGACAGAGCUGAAGCCCCAGGCGCUGGCGGGCACAGUGCCCUGUCUUCCCGCCUACAUCCUCUACAUGUGCAUCAGGCAUGCGGAUUACGUCAACGACGACCUCAAGGUGCACUCCCUGCUGACCUCCACCAUCAACGGCAUUAAGAAAGUCCUCAAGAAGCACAGCGACGACUUUGAGAUGACAUCGUUCUGGCUGUCCAACACCUGCCGCCUGCUUCACUGUUUGAAGCAGUACAGUGGGGACGAGGGCUUCAUGACGCAGAACACCGCCAAGCAGAAUGAGCACUGUCUUAAGAACUUCGACCUCACCGAGUACCGCCAGGUGCUGAGCGACCUUUCCAUCCAGAUCUACCAGCAGCUCAUUAAAAUCGCCGAGGGCGUGCUGCAGCCCAUGAUCGUUUCGGCCAUGUUGGAAAACGAGAGCAUCCAGGGCCUGUCCGGGGUGAAGCCCACGGGCUACCGGAAGCGCUCGUCCAGCAUGGCGGACGGGGACCACGCCUACUGCCUGGAAGCCGUCAUCCGCCAGAUGAGCUCCUUCCACACGGUCAUGUGCGACCAGGGCCUGGACCCCGAGAUCAUCCUGCAGGUGUUCAAGCAGCUCUUCUACAUGAUCACGGCCGUGACGCUCAACAACCUGCUCCUGCGGAAGGACGUGUGCUCCUGGAGCACGGGCAUGCAGCUCAGGUACAACAUAAGUCAGCUGGAGGAGUGGCUUCGAGGGAGAAACCUUCACCAGAGUGGAGCCGUUCAAACCAUGGAACCCCUGAUCCAAGCAGCCCAGCUCUUGCAGUUAAAGAAGAAAACGCCUGAGGACGCUGAGGCCAUCUGCUCCCUGAGCACCUCCCUCAGCACCCAGCAGAUUGUCAAAAUUCUAAACCUUUAUACUCCCUUGAAUGAAUUUGAAGAACGAGUAACAGUGGGCUUCAUACGCACGAUCCAGGCACAACUACAAGAUCGGAAUGACCCUCAGCAACUGCUGCUGGACUACAAGCACAUGUUUCCCGUUUUGUUCCCCUUUAAUCCGUCCGCUCUGACUAUGGACUCCAUCCACAUCCCAGCGUGUCUCAAUCUUGAGUUCCUCACUGAAGUCUGAACAACGCGCAUUGCCAGCCUGGCUGGAUUGGCAGCGAGAACAAGACGUCUACGGUCAAGUGGCUUUAAGGGUCUGUCCAGGCUUUAAAAGUGGAUCAGAUCAGACACGGAGAGGAUGCGCCGAGUGCUGAGCCAUAAGAAGGAGAACACAGCUGUCAUUAUUUUUUGUACCUACUGCUCAGAAUAAAAACACUUGAAGUAUGGGAGAGUUUUUGAAGUACGAUUUCAGAAUAAAGUUCACAUUAGCAUUUAUACCACCAAGCAAAGCAGUCCCCGUGGCCAUAAAAAAGGUGCCAAGUUACAAAAUGGAAACUGCCUUCUUUUGAUCUCUGCAUAUAACUGGAGAAUGUCCAAAAUAAAAUAUUAAAACUACGUGAGUCACAUAAAUUGCCUUCAGAGGCGCCUGACACUGUCAUAUAGCGUGACGUCUCCCCAGGGUGACAAACUAUAGGUAUGGAUGAGCUUGUGGGGAAAUGUUUUGAGAACAGGAAUACAGGCCUGGGCCUUCUGAGAAGUUUCCCAAAGGUAUUUUUUAAUGCCUGGUGAUGCAGAGACAAUGGUGUAACUGACCUCCAGACCAGACAUUUUGAGUAUUGGUUUCUGAAGCAAAAUUAGAUGAGGCAGUUCCUCACGUGCUCAGCCGCUUUUGUGCAGCCCUGAGUCUAUUGGAAUUAUGCUAAAAAGGCUGCUGUCCCAAACUAAGGAUGAGAGCAAGGAGGAAAAACGUUCCCAAUGCUAGUCCAUGUACUUACUGAGUCAACAAAAACCUAUAUAAGCGAAAAGUUAGAAAAGAGUAGCAACUCUUUUAUUUACAGAUUAAGAACCAAACAAGUCAGUAUGAAAGCCUUUAAUCCCUUUCUGCCACGAAACCUCCAAUGAGAACAUCACAGAAUGCACUGGUGAUUCCAGAUAACCCAAAUAAUACAGGAAAGCAAACCAUCUCGAGGAUCAAGUUGUUUGAAAAACCUUUGUAAAAAUCAGUUCAAGAAUUAAGUUAUACAAGAGAUCUUGGGGGUAUUUUUUUUUUUUUUGUAAGUAUUCUUUUAAAAGGGAGAAUAACUUAAGCCAACUUUCUCUUUUCGUGUUAUUUUCAAAUUUGCCACAUAAAAAUCAUAAAUAUCUCUGCUCUGAAAUAAAGAUUAAAAGAGUAUUUGAUGAUAUUA